GGGGGUGGCGCUUAUCUGGCGGCGUGAUUGGCUGAGCGGCAGGCCCGCUAUUGGCUUUGGCCUCAAUCCAUUGAGAGGCGCGGCGUAAGCGUUGCCAGCCGCCAACAUCCCGCCAACAUCCCCACACAUCCCCACAGCUUGGGUGUCGUCUGCUUCGGGGGCCCCCCUUGCCUGCGCGUCUAGUGGGAUAUGUGUGUUUUUGCCAGGACAAGCUUUUCUACUCAAUCUCGCUCUCGCGCCUGCCAAAAUCUUGCCAGCCAGACAAGAUAACAGCCCCGGGGUUGGAGACGGGGGCUCGGUGGCACAACGUUGGAAAGACAAGACGUAGAUUACGUGGCUGGCAGUGGUCUUCAAGCUUUGGUGGGGUUGGGGAGGGAGACAGCACGCACCCUGGUGUCGGCCUCCACACUGUGCCACUCGUUCCUGGAUUUGUGGAGGGCGAUGUGCUGCGUACACAACGGAUACCCUCGUGUCGUCUGCUCGUAAUGUCCACGAAGCAAGGAGCCUGAUGAUCUUAAGACGACCCAAACAUUUUGGCUGAUGAAGCUUCGGUUUCCUGCUGAUUUAAUCUGCUUUAAAACCUGUCGUUUAAUGGCUGCUUGGCAUCCCUGAUGCUAGUAGACCAUGGAAGUGGCAUUCCUCAAGUUUUGUAAGUAGAAGCAAAACAAGUGAGGAUGAGAUUGCUACGCUGGCUGGACAGAGGGCUUAGGCCAUGGUGACAUGGCGUGCUGCUAGUGAGGCGAGGCGAGCGGAGGCCUCUGGCCCCCAGACCAACGCCGCUGCAUGGAAGGGCAUGGGGCCUCAUCGAUACCCGGCUAGUCGACCAGCGCAGCCCUGUUUCUACUACUACCCGCUUCCCACCCGCUUCCUGUUGCCGCUGUUGAUGUGCUACACCGUCGCUUGGACCAGUGUGUCAGGGUUUGUCCAGAACAGUUCCAACUGUCAGAUAGACCUAUGCUGGGAACAGUACGAGACUGCCAAAGACCACUUUGAGCAGGUGGCCAGCACCAGCGUGGACAACAACUCCGGUGGUGGAGCCGGUAUCGCCGUGCUGGACAAUAAAGCACAGUGCGUGGCACUAAGGACUUACUGGAGUUGCAUCCGGAUGCACUCACGUGGUUGCCAAGGUGACAUCCGCUACUACAGUGUGCGCAACGGUGUCAAGAACCAGAUGAAGCAGUACAACUGUAGUGUCAACGGGCCGACACUGGAUCACAAUCGUACCAGGGAACCCCAGCGGCCAGUGCCCUACGAGUGUCACUACCAUGGGCCCAAGGUUCGGCACUGUGGGCUCUUCGGCGACCCGCAUCUCCGCACCUUUCACAACCAGUUCCAGACCUGCAGAGUGCGGGGAGCAUGGCCUAUUGUCAACAAUGACUACCUCACUGUGCAGGUCACCAACGACCCAGUCCCUGGGGGCACCAGUGAUGCAACAGCAACAAGCAAGCUGACUGUGAUAGUCAAGAGCCAUCCUGAGUGCGGCUCCAGCCAGUUCCAGACAUACCAGGCCCAGACGGACUCCCUCCCCGGUUCCUUCGAUGACGGCCACAACGUGUACGGGUCCCAUGGCGGGCUGGAGCUGGUGGAGGUGGAGCCUAACAAGCAUGUGGAGAUCCACAUUAAAUACAUCAACACCACCGUUGUAGUGCGGCAGAUCGGCCGUUACUUCACCUUCGCCAUCCGAAUGCCAGAAGAGCUGGUCAACAGCAGCCACAGCCGCGGGGAGCUGGAGCUGUGCACACGGGGAUGUCCCGCCAGCGAGCGAAUCAACUACCAAGAAUACCUGGCUGAGCGCCGAGACCGUGUCCCGCAGGUGAGCAGUACCUACGACCUGGAAGACGACGAUGAUGAUGGCAGCAUCAGCAACAAGCCCUUGUCACGACACGAGGCAGAAGCAGCAUGCAGGGAUGCGCAGCUGGUCGACUUCUACUUCGACUCGUGCGUCUUUGACCUGAUGGCUACAGGGGAUCGCAACUUCACCUUGGCAGCCAUUAUUGCUCAAGACCUUCUGCACUUAGACCCAGCAAUGGCUAAGCAGCUCAGCAACAGGACUGACCCAGAGCUGAAGGAUGCUGGGUACAGUGGAGCUCCCUCGCUCGUUAGCAGACAGUCUGUGGUGUUGCGUGUGACAUGGACCGUGGUGCUAGCACUGGUGACGUUGUUUUACCCACAUGUAGUGGGAAACAGGUGAGCUGAACUCCGACCCCUAGACUUUGACAGCUUUCAUGGGUUAUUGGCUAAGGUAAGCAAGAACUCGUCAUUAAGAAGUAUCAGAUUACCAGGUUACAGAUUAUCGUGAGCUGUGAGAUAUUUCAUGUGGAACAAAACUGAAUGUCAAUGGGCUUUUUAAGUAUUAACAAUUUCUGUGAAGACUCUCCAUAUCUGGAGUUAUAAAAGAAGUGUUGCCAAGGCAAUAAAAAGCUGAUUAUUUGAAGGAUUCAAACGCCCGAGGUAUACUGAACAUACUCUAUAAAAUCCAGGGUGUGCAGACAGUUUCACUGAAGUGAGCACUUUUAUCAGUGAAGCAUCUCGAGGAACUCAAGGGUUGAGAGUUGAUGUUUUUAAUCACAAAAAGCUCCACCAGACAGUGGAAAUGCACAUCAUCAUCAAGGUCUUGUCAAGAGCUUGUUGUGUGUCGUCAGGAAUGUGGAUCCUGCAGGCCAGUGCGAGUAUUUCAACAAUUUUGCAUUUUGUUGUAUACUUGUGUACACACAGAUCGGCAGUUACUGCUGCUUUUUAUUUUUUUGAUUCAGCCAACACUCACGUGGUGUGCAGGAAUCUGCAGAGGAAUUGAUUCCAUGAGGACCUAUCAACUUGAAGAAUAGUCUUUAUCAGGGGGGAAUUCUAGCUCACUAAGAUAGCUAGUUCUCAGGGUUGGGUAACCUAGGGCUGACCAUAUUGUCUUCUACAAAAACAUCCAUAACAUAACAGCAGGGCAUACUCAGCAUUUUAAUGAUGUAAUUAACAAACAUCUGUUAUUACCCCUCACCCACAUUUAACAUUUUACACAAACUUUGAUCUUACAAACAUUUUAACUUAAGGGGAACUUUUCAUUUUAAGGGAAAGAGUUGUUAUAGUUUGCUGUCUUUUAAAAAGAGUCACUUAAAAACUACUGAUAAAGAAAUUUUUCUUCUAGGUUGGAUUAGUUGGAUUAAUUUUAUAAAAAAAAUUGUGUUUCCUGCCCACUACCUGUGGCUCUAGAAGGGGGGUAGCUGUCUCUCCACCUUACUCCCUUUACAGUCCCAUGCAUUUAAUUGCUCUGCAGUAAAGUGUAAUAAUAGCUGUUGUGAGUGAAAAACAGUGGACUGAAUAUCAUCAGUAGGUUUCAUUGAUGUGUGUACCCGACUGGUGAAAUCAGCGAAGUGUUUGUUGACGAUGCUUGAAAGGCCACAAUGAUAAUUAAUCCGUGACUUCCAGUCCGUGCUUGGAACAAGCUGCGUCUUGGACAGUUGCCUUUAUGCACUGUGUGUCAGUCUCAGCAAUAAUUUACUCUUCUUCUGACGGGUUGAUGUUUAAUUAAGUUCACCAAUCAUAUUUAUUAGAUGAUCAAAGUUGAUAACAGUGAUGGUUGAGGGAGCUAACUCCUCAUGUCCUGUCCCCCUUCCCUCAUCCCACCAGUUAGCUGUUCAAAUUUUUGUUGCAUUUUGUUGACUACAUUUUAUGAAGGAGUAACUGCAUUUUGUACAUUUGAUUGGCAAGAUUUUUAAAAAUCUUUUCCUGAUUAUUUUUUUUUUAAUCGCUCAAGAUUGGAACUGAUUAGAAGUUUAAUAUGUUUUGUGGAUUGGAGACAUCCACUGGUUGGUGAUAUCCAUUGCUGAGUGAUAGCCACUGACCAGCGAUAUCCUCUGUUCUUGCCAUAGCAAUAACAUGUCCUACAUGGAGAUGGUCCCAACGAUGAUCCUAGGAAUGGUAAUGGUUGCCAAACACUCUAGAAGUCUGUUUGCGUUCUACUUAAAAAUUAACAGGUAAAUGUAUGUGUGUGUGUGAGAGAGAGAGCAAGAGAUAAUGUAUAGGCAUGUAUGUGGGAGAAAGAAUGUAUGUGCAUGUAUGGCUGUUUAUAUACAGGACCACGAGCUGUGUACAUGCGACUUGCCAAGAGUGGGAUGUGAUGAAGGAUAUAUUGUUUGUAGAGGCAUGUGUACAGAACCGGUGUGGUAGGAGACUGCCGUGUGGUGCCUCUGAGGGAAAAAGUGUGUGGAAGAAUAUCCAACUGAAACUGUAAAAAUAUGAGUGCGAUAUUGUGAAGUGUAUGUUGAGGCACAUGUGAUCUGUAAUUUUGUGUGUGUGUAAUGUAUUCAAGCGUGGCCUGUGAACAGCAAAGUUUGAUAAUCAUCAAUGUGAUGUAUAGUUGUGUGAGUGAUAAUCAUCAAUGUGAUGUACAGUUGUGUAUGUGAGUGACAGAUGUGACAGGAAAAUGAGAAGAAGACCUUAGAAUUUUGAUGGUUUGGAUGCAUUGUCCUUGUUCAAAUUUCUUUUAUGAAAACAAGGAACUUUUGAAACAAU